CCCCCCACUCCCUUAAGGAUACGCACCUUGCCACACACGUAGCAGCAGCCACACAUGUCCAGCACCAGGCCCCAUGAGCAGUAAUUGACUAUAGCUGGCAUCUCACAGGUGACCUCACGACAAGUGAAAAAAUAUAUAAUAAUGGUUUCUACAUUUACAUCGAGAAAAAUGAAUGAAGAAGCAAGAUAUGAAGAACGUAUAUAAAAAGCCCCUCACAAACAGCUGGUGGCGAGAGGAAGUGAGGGAAGGGUGAGGUGAACCAUACAGGGCCAGCCAGCCAACCACCCGUCAGUACUCCCGUGACAGUGAGGGAAUCCAAAGAAAACAACGGCGAAGAUGGCAGAAAAGGAUUAACACAAAAGGAAAGAGUUGAUAUUCGGAAAGCCACAUGCUACACACCAACCCAUCCCAACCCAACCCAACCCAACAGCCUCGACCAAAAAAACAAAAACAAAAAACGCGUCUGACAAAAACUCACCGGGCAGGUUAUAGACAUCCCAAUAUUAACUGUAGGUUAAUUGAGGUUAGUUUUGCUUGGUGAGUGAAUUUUUGUUCUACUCGUUUCGUCAUCCACUAACCCCCCCGCAGUACCAACAGGUGUAUGAGGCACGAUAAGGCCCACACAGUUCACAGGAGGUAAACACUGGCCCCUGUAUCAACCCACGGCGUCUCCCACAACUCAUUCUGUCUCUAGGCUCCUUGAGGAUCACUCGCGAAGUACUACCAAGAGCCACCAACACCUUCUUCUCUACUGUAUCAGUCAUGGGGCCCGUGAUCUGCAGACUGUUGGUGGUGACGCUGCUGGCAGGUACAACAUUUGCCCAGCUACCUGAUGGGUGUCGAGACCCCCCUGGGAACAACAAUUUGGCGGCCAUCAUCGUGAAGGUACUGGAGAGCGUGCGGCCAUUGCUCUCCACUGGUAUACCUGAUCUUGGAAUUCCACCACUCGACCCCAUGGGUCCCUUCCCUUAUAUACCCUUCCAUAUUGACGUGUCAAGUCUCAGGUUAGAUGGCUCGGUGAACGACACAUUGGUGAAGAACUUGGCUCAGUUCAUCAUAUGCCAGGUCAACUUUACUCUUGGUAUCUCUGAAAAGUUUGCUAUUGACUUGCGGAUGGAUGACUUCCAUAUUGAUGGCCAAUAUGAUGUCAACGGUCUGGCUUUCUCCCUCUUCCCCAUCUUCGGUGGUGGAAACUACAUUUUGGACGUUUAUGGGGCUGGUAUCUCGGGCGGUGCCAAGGUCAGCUACAACCCUUUCAGCGACCACGCCUCCAUCAAGAACCUCCAACUCGACAUCAUGUUCAAGGAUCUUAAGUUGGUGUUGGAGUGUAUCCUGGGUUGUGGGGACAUGGCCGACCUCAUCAACAGCCUCAUCGGUGAAAUAGCGCCACCCAUGUUCAAUGCCAUCUGGGAUGUGAUUGACCCCAUACUGACAGAUGCACUGCAGGAUGGUAUCAACCACAUACUUAAGAACAUUUCCAUCUCCGAUAUCAUCACUAAGGACCAGAUACAAACCAUGGAAUUGGACUUCACUGGUGAUUACGGGGACAUUGGUAAUGGCGGCAAGUUUGUGGACCUCGUGUUGGGGAUCGUGAAUAACCUUGUUGUCUCAAAUGGCAUGGACCCCGCCCCCCUCCCUUCAACCUCACUCAACUUUGGACUGGGAACAGCAGAUCUGUACGAUGGGCAGUUGUCUAAACUUUCGACAUUGCAUCGGGAUGGUCUAGCCACAUUAGACAAGAUUGCUGAUUGGGUCUUCCUUUAUGCCAAUAUUGCUGUCGAGGACCUAGAGGUUAGUUACACAGCCAAUGUGACAGCCAGCAGCCAUGUUACUGGGGUGAAAAUCUCUGCUAGCAUUGGGCGCAUUUCUAUCUACAUGGUGGCGCGUGAUGACCUCUACUCCAAAAAGGUUGAUCUUGACCAGUUUGUCAUCACUGAGUUUGGGAAAAUUGAUGUGAAGAUUGAAGGCCUAGGUGUGUUGGGAUACGUCUUGGCUCCACUGACAGAGGCAGUGGCCAAUCUGGUGCACGAGGACAUAGCCAACAUCUUGGAGACCCAGAUCAAGGAUUAUAUUCAAGAGGUACUCAACGAGACACCUUGGCCUUAAUCAACAGGAUGAUCUAGGAAGUGGCCCAGCUGGCGGCAGAGCUCGCCCAGGUCGGCCUCGUGCUGCGGCAACACUCAUCAACUCACUAGCUCUAAUCCAACAUACCCCUAUGUCCUUCCUUUUCUCUCUUACCUCACCCACCACAUAUUCGAACAUGUACACAUGAUAGGCACACAGACAAAUGCAAACAUACCAGAAAUAAUUACAUUAAAAGACACGCAUGCAAACAUUAAGUGGACACCAUUUAUGUACUAGACACACUGUAAGCUAACACAAUUAACAAGCAAAUCUUUGCUUAAUAUGAAAAAAUCUACCAAAGCCUUGCUAGAAGAAAAGUUCACUUGAAAAAUCAUUCCAAACUAACAUAAAAGAUAUACAAGUACACCUCCGAUUUUCUGGCACCCUUGCCGGAUUAUCGUUUUGCUGGACCAACCGAGGUCAUACAUUAAUAAUUCAACAAUAUACCUGUAACCCACUAAUUAUACACCUCCCAUGUCUCUAAAGCACUAUGGGCUGUGAAAAAGCCAUAAUAUUGAGCAACAUAUUACUGUACACACUUUGUAUUCAAAUGUACGUACUACACUAAAGGACUAAAUAUUUUUAUCUCGUGCAAAAUAUGUGAUGUUUAUACUCAAAUUAAUCACGAUCUUGCAAGGAUUCCAGUAAUGCAAAUUAUAUUCUGCUACGUCUAGUGAGUGACGCUUUAUAAGAUAAAAACUUCCAUCACCUUGGCUGAGAGAAGGUGGAGGCGAGGCGUUGACAGCCAGCGGGGAGAUAACAAAGUGUGUAGUUAUCAGUCAAAUAGAGGGAGUCUAUAAGUUUUGCACUUAUAAAAUGGCACUGAAUUGACAUAGAAUGUAACUUACAUUGCUAGAAUUCUUGAGAUAGUAAUUAAUUUAAGUACAAACAUCCCAUAAUUUGCGUUAAACAAAUUUUUUAGUAAUUAACUUGGUACAUUUGAGUACAGGUUCCCUUGGGACAAUUACUUUUACUGUUUUUCACAAUAUGUAUGUAAGACGGUGUGUGCAUAUAAAUGAGUAAAAAUAAAUGAAGAAA